CUGUGGACAGCUUGUGCUCUGCUAGCCUCAAACACCAUCUUGAAUAGAGAAGGAGGUCCAAACCGGGAGAAAACAAGAAAAAGCGAGCACUGGAGGGGAUAAACCGUAAUUUUAGUUUAUUUUUAAACCCUCUCUGCCGGCUCCGGUACAGUUUUAGUCAUGGCUUUGGGCGUUUUUAACACAAAUUAAAGACGCGAGGAAAUCGGCAGGCACUUGUUAGCCUCUACAGCUAGCAAGGGGGAGGGGCGGGGGUUUGAGGAUUUUUUUUUUCUCCGCAGCCGAAGUUGUUUGUUUAUGUUAUUCCAAACGGACAUGUCCUCUUCAAACCCAGAGUUACCAGACCCAAAUCUGGGUAUGGGGGCAAGUGGGACCCAAGGAAGUGGCGGGGCUGUUGCACCAAAAGGGACCAACAAAAGAAGAGCUCCGCCAGACUUUGACGAUGACGAAGGGAACAAGUUGUUCAGGUGUGAUGAUGAAACAGGGGGCUCCAACGACAAAGAGCGCUUUGCCAGGUUUUUGGAAGAAGAUCAGAGUUUUGGAGAUAAGGAAAAACAAGCCAGAGAGAACCACAGUGAGAUUGAGAGGCGGAGACGAAACAAGAUGACCGCCUACAUCACAGAAUUGUCAGACAUGGUGCCGACCUGCAGUGCACUAGCACGGAAACCAGACAAACUGACCAUCCUGCGAAUGGCCGUGUCUCAUAUGAAGUCUCUGAGAGGGAGCGGUAAUACCAACACAGAUGGUUCAUACAAACCGUCCUUUCUCACUGACCAGGAACUGAAGCACCUCAUCCUGGACGCAGCCGACGGCUUCCUGUUCGUGGUUUCGUGUGAGACUGGCCGCGUUGUUUACGUCUCCGACUCCAUUACACCCGUCCUCAACCAGGCGCAGUCUGAAUGGCUCGGCUCCUCUCUUUAUGAUCAGCUCCACCCAGAUGACACAGAAAAGCUCAGAGAGCAGCUCUCCACUGCUGAGAAUAACAACACGGGGAGGAUGUUGGACUUGAAGACAGGAACUGUGAAGAAGGAAGGCCAGCAGUCGUCAGCCAGAAUGAGUAUGGGAGCCCGUCGAUCAUUUAUCUGCAGAAUGAGGUGUGGCUCCUGUCCUGUGGAACCAUUGUCCAUGAACAGACUGAAUUUUUUGAGGAAUAGAAACAGGAAUGGUUUGGGUGCAGCCAAGGAAGGGGAUCCCCAGUAUGUAGUGGUCCACUGUACAGGAUACAUCAAGUCCUGGCCCCCCUCAGGAAUGUCACUAUCGGAUGAUAAUGCAGACAACACUCAGGGGAGUCGCUAUUGUCUAGUUGCCAUUGGGAGAUUACAGGUGACUUGUUGCCCAGGUGACGCAGACAUCAACAGCAUCAGUGUUCCAGUAGAGUUCAUCUCUCGCCAUAACUGCCAGGGCACGUUCACCUUCGUAGACCACCGCUGCAUGGCCGCCGUUGGCUAUCAGCCCCAGGAGUUAUUGGGGAAGAAUAUUCUCGAGCUCGCUCACCCUGAAGACCAGGGCUUACUGAGAGACAGCUUCCAGCAGGUGGUGAAGCUGAAGGGCCAGGUCCUGUCAGUGAUGUUUCGGUUCCGCGCCAAAUCGAGAGAGUGGAUCUGGAUGAGAACCAGCUCCUUCACCUUCCAGAACCCGUUUUCAGAGGAGAUUGAGUAUAUCAUCUGUACCAAUGUCAAUGUCAAUAGAAAUUCGACUCAGGACCCCCUCACUCCCAUCUCCUCCCCGGGGGGUUCGCUGCCCCCCUCCUUGGGUCAAAGCAGCCCAAACUGCCCUCCUGUAAUGCUCAGCCCUGGGCAGGUGGCCACCAGGCAGUUACAGCAGCAGCAGCAGGCUGAGCUCGAGGGAGGCGGAGCCAGAGACAGCCUGUAUGAAGCAGGACCGAUCACCCUCUCACAGAUGCCAGUGCAGCCAGUGACAGCAGCAGGGCCCGACCACAGCAAGAGCCUCGAGAAGCCAGAUCUCUACCCGUCCCUCUUCCAAGGCCCAGAUCAGACCAAGGGCCUGCCCUCCGCCUCCACUCCCAACACACAGAUCUACCCCGCAGCCAACAACUUCACUGCUGGUCGAUCCAAUGAUGCAUACAGGUCUGUCAACAUGACUCCACAGAUGGCACAGCCAGCCCACUCAGCGGGGCAGAUGCUCGCUCAGAUGUCUCGUCAGAAUGGAGCCCCGCAGACAGUCGCCCCCUCCAGCACCGGCAGCCCCCUCCACGGAGGACCAGCAGGAGGAUGGCCCGGUGCUGCAGCUGGAGCGAGGCCACAAUUUAAUAACCAGCAGGUGGCUCCCCAGGCAGCAAAGACCAUGUCUCCACAGUUUGCUCCCAUGGGAGGAUUUGGCGGUGGCUCCUCCAACUCUUUUGGCCAGAUGCCAACCGGUGCUGCUCCCACCCCAACCAACAACGCCAACUACCCGCCCAUUAACGCACGCGCCAGCCUCAACACCAAUGGUUAUGAUGGCUCUCAGUCUGGGGCACAGUUCCCCUCUCGAGCAGCGGAAGCGGUGUGGCCCCAGUGGCAAGGCCAGCAGCACUCGCAGGGUAACGCGGAGCAGCAUCCUCAUGCUCAGGGCAACCAGCAAGACAUGUUUCCUGAUGUGUUGUCUAUGCUGGACCAGCCUGCCAACUUCAAUGGUGAUGACUUUGAGAUUCCCAUCUACCCUUCGUUCGACCAGUGACCUGGUCAACACUUCUCAGCUGGUCCACCCCUUUUGUCUUUUUGACGGUUUUCGCUCUCACUCUCUCUUAUAUUAUAUAGCCCUUACAGCUCUUCUGCUCCUCUUUUCUUCCUGCUCCUGAGAGUAGCACUCUUCCCUUGCUUUGCAUGGCUUAAAUUGCACAGCCACGAGCCAGUUAAAGACCGAGGGAUAUAUCGGACUGCAGAUGUAAAGGGGAGGAAAAUCAAGGAUUUGCUACUGACGAAAAGAUAAUUAUUUUAACAAGAUUCCAGCCAUUGUAAGAGAAUUCUCUAGCUAGCACUGCCCAAAGCUCAACAACCUAUGUUGUAGAUAUGUGAUAUAUAUAAUAAAUAUAUGAAAGCGCACAAUCACCCAAACACACUUGAAUAGACGGCACAAAAACACUCUGGUAGACAGAAAGGAAGCACACACAAACAACGGCCUUUUAUUCUAACGUGUUCCUAGUUUCUCUCAGGCAUUGAUGAAGAGUGUAUUUUGCUGUUUUUCCCUUUUAGCAUGUAGACUAAUCACUCCAAUCAUUGAUUUAAACUCUCAGGAAAUUGCAGGGAUUUACAGCUUUGGUGAUUUUUUUUUUUUAAAUUCUCAGCUGUUGCACGCAAAACCACCACUAUCUGUGCUAAUCUCACUCACAGAUUCAACUCCACAGCAUGCCUCUGCAUGUCCGCACCGCUUUCAUGGAGCGCUUCCACAGCGUGUAGAUUCUGAGUACAGUUUUCGAAAUACAUCAGUGGCUUCACCUAUAAAUUUAAUUAUUUUGUUCAUCCUCUCAAGGAACAUGUGUUUUUUCUUCUUCGAAUGCUGUCCUUCAAAAAGAGACACAGUGUUACAAUGGUUACAUGCUGUUUUUCUAGGUGCCCGCUGGAAAUGUAUACAAUCUACUUUUCUUUGCCUACAUAAACAUAUAUACAGUAUGCAUGUGUGUAUGUAUGUAAAACGGAUGCGUACAGUAUCUUUAUCAGCUGUAACACAGUUGUAGGGUGUCAGACUUGCUUGAUAUUCUUCUUUCUGUUUCAUGCAUUACCCUGUACCAAGUAUGGGCUUUUUUUGUACUCCUUUUGUAAAAGAAAUGUAAAGAAAAGAAAUCACACAGCAAUAAUUAACAAGCAGGAAUUAUGUACUUUUAAAGCCAUUCUUUAUUUGUUGUUUUCCUUGAUUAAUGUUAAAAAAGGAGAGGUAGUAAUGCUUGAUUUAAAUGAAAUGUUUCCCAAGUAUUUUAUUGAUAUUUUAAAACUUUUGACGAUCUCUUGACCUCUCCAUUGCCCUGCUCUGAUUGGUAUUUAAUGAAUGGUUUGAUCAGGGUUUUAGGAUUAAAAUGGAAGAAACGGGGCAAAAACAUCCAGUAAGAUCUACAAGUGAGAAUGCCCUUUCUGUGUUUUGUCCUCUUGUUUGUGACAAACAUUUGGACCUUCAACCACCUGUGUUUAACAAUCAUUUUUUGGUAAAUUUGUUAUAUAGAAGAAUGUUGUGGUAUGAAAGAUAAUACUUCUAAAAUAUUUUCGAUUUUUAAUAUGUGGAAUUAGUUUAAAUUUGACUCUUUCUAUUACAAUUCUUCACUGUCUGUGUGAAACACUCUCACACUUAAGAUGAUACAAUUAUGUAAUUGUAUGUAAAACCAUGUUGAUAAUUGUCCAUUUUUCGUCUCUAAAGUAAUACUUUACCCACAAAACGAUUACUUGUACAGCAAUUACUCGUCGCUCGUUAGCUUGAAUUCAUGAGGAAAACUCUGCUUUUCCUCGCAUGCCUCCACAGUGAACAAAGAAUCAAAAAAAAAGGCGAACACUCCUCAUGAACUGCACGAGUUGUGUGAGAGUUUGUGAAUAGAUGUUUUCAUGCAUUUUUGCUGUUGUUAAAUGUCGCCCCCAGUGACUUAAAAUUCAUGAAGAUAGUUCGCCUCUUUUGUAUUUUCUCUUCACAGUGGAGGUAUGCCAGAAAAACAAAAGUUCUCUUCAUGAAUUCAAGCUAACGUGGUAAAUAAUUGGUGCACAAAUGGUGAUUUUGCGAGUAAAGUAGUCCUUUAAGAGGAUGGUAUGUUGGUGACUGUGUUGUUUUUAUUGGUUGCUCUGUAUCCAGGUUUUUUUUUUUCUCCAAUGAUGUGAACUUUUAUCACUCAUAGAAACACAAAUAUAUAAAUAUACUGUAUAUGAAAUGUUAAACGAGAGAAAGAAA